AUGGCUCGAAACAAGUCCAAGGCCUUGGCGAUGCUCACUGGGGGCAAGGAGACUAAGGGAGGGUCUGGGCUGGACGUAGUUGUGGCGGACAUCGCAGACAAGUCGUCUCUCACGCCCUCCCUCUUCAAGGACGUGGCGGCAGUGGUAUCGUGCACGGCAGCGAUCGUAAGGCCCAAGGAGGGCGAUGGGCCGGACAGAGCCAAAUACUUCCAGGGCAUCACCUUCUACGAGCCGGAGGUGGCUGACGUUCCGAAGGAGACGGAGUUCGAAGGGAUUUACAACCUCGUGGAGGCGGCGUCGCGGUACUCGGACAUGAAGGGCAAGACGCUCUUCGCGUGCCUACCGUCCUUCCAGGAGGGGUGGCGACAGUGGGGGGCCCUCGACGACGUGGUUAUGGGGGGCGUCAGCGAGAGCGGCCUUGGAGUCGUUCCUGGAGCCGGGGAAACCGAUGUUAGCAGCAGUAGCGGAUCGCCUGCUGCGGCAGCCGUCUUCUCAGGAGAGGUGAAGACCUCUAACUCCGGAGGGUUUGUGUCAAUUCGCACCCGGAAUGCGUCUCCGCCGCUGGAUCUGUCGGAGUACGAUGCCCUGAGGCUGAGGGUCAAGGGGGACGGCAACCGGUACAAGUUCAGCAUCUACGACUCCCCCGGUUGGAACAGCAAGGCGUGGUGCGACACCUUCGACACCGUGAAGGGCGAGUGGAUCGACGUCGACAUCCCCUUCACCACCCUCAAGUACAACUUCCGCACGGAGUCCAUCAAGGACCCCCCUCCGUUCUCUCCAAACUCCAUCAACUCCUUCCAGCUGAUGCUGUCCAAGUUCGAGCUCGACGGGAAGCUGAACCCGAACUUCUCGGCGGGACCGUUCGAGUUGACCAUCGCCUCGAUUAAGGCCGUGUCGAUCGAGACUAGUGAGGAGAUGCAGAACUCGCGAUUUGUCCACCUUAGCUCUGCGGGAGUUACAAGGCCAGGAAGGCCGGAUCUCGACAUGGACACAGAACCACCGGCGGUGCGCAUGAACGAGAUGCUGUCGCACUUGCUUACCUACAAGCUCAAGGGGGAGGAUGUGAUUCGCGACAGCGGGAUACCGGCGACGAUCAUCAGGCCCUGCGCUCUCACCGAAGAGCCUGCCGGGGCGCCGAUGAUCGUUGGCCAGGGCGACUACCUCAAGGGCAAGAUUAGCAGGGACGACAUAGCAGAGCUGGCGGUUUCAUCCCUCUUGACCCCAGAGGCUAGUGGUCUAACCUUCGAGGUCAAGUCGGACCUGGCCUUCAGCACGCUGUGGCAGGGGGCCCCGCAGGGGGCCCCGGCUCGAUCAUAUGGGGACAUCCUCGGGCCUCUGGAGCAGGGGGUGACGGGAAAGGAGUGGAUGGGCGACAGGACUCCGGAGGAGGCGCAAGGGGUGACAGCGGAAGUUGCGCCGCAAGAAACGUAACCAACCGUCGUCGUUUAUGCGAACCGUAACGGGCCGCUGGCGCAGGGGGUUGGCGGACAAGGAGUGGAUGGGCGACAGGACUCCGGGGGGAGGCGCAAGGGGUCACCGCGGAAGUUGCGCCGCAAGAAGCGUAACCGUCGCCGUUUGUGCGAAUCGUAACCCCGCUUAGCAAGAGGAGACGGCGGGCAACCGUUUUUUGUGCGAAAUCCGUUGUUGAAAAUCCGAGAGAGCUGGGAUCUGCCGCUGCUGUAAAAACCGAGGUUGAUGUUUUUGGCAAAACGGCCUUGACCAGUGUGUGGGUGUGUUGGUGGAAUGCGAUGUUGUGAGCGCAGCCGCCGUUUGCGCUUGA